ACCAGAAGCACGCGCGAUGGAUUUUCCUCUGUCGUGAUUUUUAUUCUAUAAACUUCCCUGAAAUAUUUCUGUUAUCCGACUUUCUCUGAGCCCUUUGAACCCAACAUGAGGCUGAGUCUCUGGUGCGUUUGCUGGACUCUAACUCUCCACACCGCAGCUCUGCAGGGAGGCGUGCAGCCCGGCCACCGGCACCGGGACGGCGUCCAGACCCGGGUGAGGAAGCAGAGCACCGGCGGUUUGGACGCCGGGAAGCCGGCGGCGGUGAGGGGAUCCGGGGAGAAGCUGAACGGGCCUCAUGUUUGUGGCGGUCACUGUUGUGUCGGAUGGACUUUGUUGCCCAAAACCAGACGAUGCACCAAACCCAGAUGUCUUCCUCGUUGCCAUAACAACGCGGCGUGCAGGCAGACUAACCGCUGUGUGUGUCGACGAGGUUUCCACGGUUACCGCUGUCAGUUCUCCACGGAGACGUUUCCUGCGGCCGGGCGGUCGCCGACCUCCGUCCGUCCCACCAGCGUCCCACAAACGGCCCCCAAACCUGCUCAACGGCGUGCUACCAGAAGGAUGGAAGUCCGUACAGCAGCCGGUUCCGGUCCCGGUUCUGGUCCUGCCGCAAUGGAAGCACCGCCCGCCUCCACCAGACCUGCCACAAUAACAAAGACCAGCAGCGAACCAGGUGCUUCAGACAUGAAUCCACCUCCUGCUCAAGCUGAAGGCCACAACAAAGACCAGGAUGCUAAGAUCCCCGACCCGGGUCCUGUUCCUGGAGAUGUUUCCAAGGAGUCUCUACUCCAGGAGGAGAACCGAACCUCCCCAAAGAGUCGGAGAGCCGAGAGGACGGAAACACCCGAGUUUAACGACCUCCAGCCGGGAGACACAGCUGGUGACAUUACAGGGUUUAAAACUUCAAACGUACAGUCUGAUUCAGAACCAGAGGAAGCCCCGAGGUCUCAGGCCCGGGAAAGACCCACUGAAGGCCCAAAUCUUGAGUCUCCUUCCUGGUCUGACACUGAAGGGAAGGCAUCGCCAGGUUUAAAUGAAAGUCCUAAAACUGAUUCAGAGUCUGAGGUGGUGGAAAGAUUAAUAGCCCCUAAAAUCCUGAACCUGGAGUCUAACUCGAGGCCUGAAGUGCAUCAAGGACCAAAUCCAGAGUUCAGUCCAGUGGAAGCUGUUGUGAGAGGAGAGAAGAAGAAGAAGGAGGUGAAGAAGCAGACGCUGAGUCUGAGGGAGGCCCAAGCGCUGCUGUUGAGGAAGUCACACGGAGGUAGUGGAGACAAGAUGGCCGCCCUUCUGAUGAAGCACAUUGAAAAGGAGAGGAAGAAACUCACCACUGUGACCUCCUCUUCCUCCUCCACCUCAUCAUCUUCAGUAAAAACCAGCGUGAAUACUUUCCACACUCAGAAGGGCCAGUACACCGUCCGUGUCACUGCACCCACAGCAGAUGGACAGGCGGCCACGGGAGGAGGAGGAAGAGGAGUGGAGAGGAUCCAGGUGACGUUCACGCCGACCAUCUGCAAGGUGCGCUGCAGCCAGGAGCGAUGUGUCAACUACUGCGAGCGAGGCAACCUGACCACGCUUUACAGCGGCAGCGAGGGAGGAGGAGAAAGGAGACAGGGCUCCCACGGACCGGGCUUCAGAGUCUUCCUGUGUCCCCUGCUCUGUAAGAACGGAGGCGUCUGCCUGCAGAAGGACCGCUGUCUCUGCCCGCCAAACUUCACCGGGAAGUUCUGCCAGAUCCCCGUCGCCGUCGCCGCCGAAACGUCGCCCUCCUCCACCAAUGAGAUCGUCAAGCCCGCGCUGUUCUCCGCCAUGCCGGCCAAUCAGGAGCUGAGCCAGUCCGAGUUCCUCCUGCCGCUGGGACAGAACGAGGAGACGGCCAGGUCUGGAGAUCCCGGGCUCUCCCUGGUGAAGGUCAGAGUGCAGCACCCCCCUGAGGCCAGCGUGAAGAUCCACCAGGUGCUGAAGGUAAAAACAAACACCCAACCCGUCCUGCGGAUGCUCUCCUCUUCCUCCUCCUCGGGGUCGGCAGGCGCUCCGGCUCCAGCAGGUGUAGACGUCCAGGCCCAGACGCUGAAGGGGGACGGCGCCUUCGCCCAGCAGUCCGGGUUCAAGUACUGCUUCAGAGAGGUGAAAGACGGACAGUGCAGCGCUCCUCUGCCUGGUCUGAGGAGCAGGGAAAUGUGCUGCAGAGGCAUCGGGAAGGCCUGGGGGAUCACGGACUGCGUCCUCUGCCCUGACAACACAGGUCAAAGCAACCGUAGCUGCCCUGCUGGUUUCGAGGGAGCCAAUGGAACGCAGUGUGUCGAUGUGAAUGAGUGCCUCCAGCCGGGGCUGUGUGAGAACGGGAUCUGUGUGAACACCAGGGGGAGCUAUAGCUGUGUCUGUAGGGCGGGGUUCAUCCUCGACGCCACACAUGCAAUCUGUAUCUCCCAGAGUGUGAUCUCACAGGAGAAGGGUCAGUGUCACCGGGUCCUGGGUCCGGGCCGGGGUCCGGCCUCCUGCUCCCUGCCCAUCCUCAGGAACAUCACCAAGCAGAUCUGCUGCUGCAGCCGCGUCGGCAAAGCCUGGGGACCCGACUGUCAGAGAUGUCCCUACUUCGGUUCAGUGGCCUUUAAGGAGAUCUGUCCCGCCGGUCCUGGUUACCACUACUCAGCUUCGACCCUGCUGUUCAACCAGAGGCUCACCGAGCAGCUGGGGAGCCGAGGCGCUCCGCUGGUAGUCCAGGGCAACCAGGAUAACCAGGGUCCUAGUUCUGGGUCCAGUAGCAGUGGAGCCUCCAGGUCUCAGCAGAAACCCUCUUCCUCUGGAGCGACCGAGGCAAGUACCUCCCUGAGUUCUUCUUCAGGUGUCGGAUCCAGCGCCGGAUCUGCUGGUACCAACACCAGGCCGAGUCCGCCUCAGCCUCCACCCCGCCAGGUCGACUCUCCCUCCUCCAGACCGGUUCAGCCUGGCAGCACCAGCAGCACAGCCACCCAGGACAAACCCCAGACUCCAGGCAGACCCGCUCCAUCGUUCACAACACAUGCGAGGCCACAGCCUCCGUCCACCGGGAGCCGAGCAGGCGGUCAGUCCUUCUCUGUGUCCCGGACGGAUCAGCCUGAAGCCAGAGGGGACUCUCUGCCUGCUCCAGCCCAGCCACAGAACCCUGAGCGUGGGUCGAGGCCCAGUGGAGGGCUCCCUCCUCUGCAGAGCAGACCAGCUGUCACCCCGACCCUCCGGCCCACCCGAGUCCAGACGCGAGGUGUGUGUGAGAGCAGACCGGGUGUGUGUGGGCGUGGCCGCUGUGUGGAUCAGCCAGGCGGAAAACACACCUGUGUGUGUGAUCAGGGAUACCAGCCCAACUCUCAGCGCACAUACUGCCAAGAUGUGAAUGAGUGUGUGCAGUCUCCAGGUGUGUGUUCGGUGGGAGAGUGUGUGAACACCAUGGGAAGCUACAGGUGUGUGUGUCCGUCCGGAUACAGGAGCAGCAGCCAGCUGACCGGCUGUCAAGACAUCGACGAGUGCCAGCAGAAUCCCUGCAGCAACGGCCGCUGCGAGAACACGCCGGGCAGCUACAGGUGUGUCUGUCGCCUUGGGUACAGGCUCAGCGGCAACACCUGCACAGACGUGGACGAGUGCGAGGACGCUCUGCAGUGUCCAGGUCAGGAGUGUAUCAACAGCCAGGGCUCGUACCGCUGCGUCUCCUGCCAGGCUGGAUACAGACUGCUCAACAGGGUCUGCACAGACGUCGAUGAGUGUCGCCAGGCGCCCUGCUCCAACGGUCGCUGUGAAAACACACCUGGAAGCUACCGCUGUGUCUGUCGCUUUGGUUACAAGCUCCAGAACAACACCUGUACAGAUGUAGACGAGUGUGCAGAGCCGUCGCAGUGUCCCGGUCAGAUGUGCGUGAACACCGCGGGGUCGUACCGCUGUGUUUCCUGUCGACCAGGAUUCACUCUCGCCAACAGACAGUGUGCAGAUGUAAAUGAGUGCGAGGACAGCGAGUCUUGUCCUGGUCAGCGGUGCGUGAACACCGAAGGAUCUUACAGCUGUGUGGACUGUCAGCAGGGAUACCACAGCGUGAACGGACUGUGUGCAGAUGUGGAUGAGUGUGUGCAGGCGUCGCAGUGUCCCGGUCAGCUGUGCGUGAACACCGCGGGGUCGUACCGCUGUGUUUCCUGUCGACCAGGAUUCAGCAGCAAGGACGGCUCCUGCCAAGAUAUAGAUGAGUGUGCGAGCGCUGGGGCGUGCGAGGCAGAGCGGGUGUGUGUGAACACCGUCGGCUCGUUCAGAUGUGACUGUCGGCCCGGGUAUCGAACCUCCGCCCUGGGGAGACAGUGCAGAGACAUUAACGAGUGUUUGGAGGGAGACUUCUGUUUCCCCAGAGGAGAGUGCGUCAACUCACCAGGAUCCUACACCUGUGUCUGUUCUCAGGGAUUCACGCUGAGCGACAACAGGACCGCCUGCCUCGAUGUGGACGAGUGCGUGAAGUCGGGUGUGUGUUUGGACGGUCGCUGUGUGAACACCGAAGGCUCCUUCCAGUGCCAGUGUCAAACCGGCUUCACCACCAACCCGGAGAGGACCGCCUGCCUCGAUGUUGACGAGUGCGUCUCGACCAGCGGGACGGUGUGCGGGUCGAAGCGGUGUGAGAAUACGAUUGGUUCGUACCACUGCCUCACUUCCUGUGAGCCGGGCUACCAGGUCACGCAGACCGGCGACUGUGUAGACGUUAAUGAAUGUGCCAAUCAGACGGUGUGUGGAGUUCACGCCUCCUGUCAGAACCUGUUAGGAACCUACCUGUGUGUGUGCGACCAGGGCUUCACCUCCGCCGCCGACGGAAAGGCCUGCGUCGAUGAGGACGAGUGUGUGUCUCUGCCUGGCGUGUGCGGUUCUGCUCGGUGUGAGAACGUGGAGGGAUCCUUCAUGUGCGAAUGCGACAGACGGGGAGACGAGUUCGACCAGGCCAGCAGGCGGUGCGUCGCCACGCCACGAGCAGCUCCUGACUACGCCUCCUUCUCUUCGUCCUCCUCCUCCUCCGUCCAUGUCAGCGUGGUGGAGCUGGCUCCGGUGCUGCCCCCCCUCCCCGAGGCUCGCCCCGGUGAGCUGAGGGAGUGUUACUACAACCUGGCCGAGCGGGGAACCUGCAGCCUGCUGGCCACCAACACCAGCCAGCAGGAGUGCUGCUGCACGCUGGGGGAGGGCUGGGGGAUGGGCUGCCUCUACCACACCUGCCCCCCCACAGACACAGACGAGUUUCUGUCUCUGUGUCCCAGCGGGAGAGGAUACGUUACUACUGGACCGGGAGCCUUCAGCUACAGAGAUGUGGACGAGUGUAAGCGUUUCCAUCCGGAGGUGUGUAAGAACGGACAGUGUGUCAACAACAUCCCCGGGUACAGCUGCUACUGCCCCAGUGGAUACAUCUACAACAUCCCCAUGCUGGAGUGUGUCGAUGUUGACGAGUGUGAGGAGGAGCGCUGUGUUGGAGGAGUUUGCGUCAACACGGUGGGAUCAUAUUACUGCAGCUGUCCUCCGACCCUGGUCCUCGACGACACACAACGUAACUGUGUCAACUCCUCCCACCUCACUGUAGAUGAGAACCUGUCCAUCUGCUGGCAGCACGUCACGGCGGACCUGAUGUGUCAGAGUCCUCUGGUGGGACCUCAGUUCACCUUCGUGGACUGCUGCUGUCUGUACGGGGAGGGCUGGGGGAUGCAGUGCGCCCUCUGUCCCUCCAACGACUCCGAGGACUAUGGCAGCCUGUGCAGUUCCUUUCUUCCUCCGUUUGCUGAGAGUUUUCCGGACUCGACUGGACCAGAACCAGGACUGAGACCAGGAUUUGGACGAGGCUCUCCUCCAUACCUCCCUCCCUACAGCCCGGACUCCUUCCCUCCCGCUGUGGUUCCCAGCAGAGACUUCAGUGUUCCUGACUAUGACGAUUACUCUCCAGCAGGGGGCAGCAGGUCCGGCUUCAGAGGCAGGACGCCGUCCACCUUCAGCCUGCCGGACGGAGGUUUCCGCCGCCCUGAGUUUAGCACUGGUUACUACUCUGAAGGAGACUUCGGCCCCCCGGAUGGUUCCCAGCCCAGGACUCCGUCCAUCCACUUCCAUCCGGACCCCCGGGCCGAGAGGGCGUUCGGGGCGCGUCCUCCUCCUCCGUCUCGGGCUGAGGGUGCUCCUCUCAGCCUGGCCCCGCUGCCCGGAGCUCCCUACCAGGAGCAGGAAGAGCAGGAAGAGGAGGAGCCGGCGUGGAGGCCGGGCCCUCCCUUCACCGAGAGGAGCCGAGGAGGAGCGCCGAGGAGGGUGUAUGAGAGGCGUUAUGAGUCCUACGCCGGCCUGAGUGCAGCAGAGGAUUGUGGGAUACUGCACGGCUGUGAGAACGGCAGGUGUAUUCGUGUUGCCGAGGGUUACACCUGUGACUGUUACCAAGGAUACGAACUGGACAUGACCUCCAUGACGUGUAUAGAUAUAAACGAGUGUGAGGAUGGAGUCAGCGUGGACUUCCCGUGCGUGAACGCUCGCUGCGUGAACACAGACGGCUCGUUCCGCUGCGUCUGCAGGAGAGGAUACGUCAUGUCCCGCAGACCAAACUACUGUGUGGCUGCGUAGACCGGACCGGUCUGGACUGGGCUCGAUUUACACCAGUAUAAACUGGUCUAGACAAUCUACUAGACUACAAUAGAUUAGACUAGACUUGGGCUUUACUACAGGGCCAUAUCUCAUAAACUCAACGCCCUUUUUUAACGCCAUACUCUCUAUGACGGCUGAUUUCUGUAUUUAUAUGUCGUGGGGAGAAUGUAGGUUGGGGGGGCAGGGUGUCGCAGCGUCACAGAUCUUAACAAAUGUUUUUGGUUGUAGUGGACAGAAUUACUGGAUUUUCUCUGGAGAAGAAAAAUAACUACAGAAUGGGAACAGGAUUAACGGAUAGUAUAAUAAAGUGACGGUAAACAUAAUUUACUAGCUCAAAAAUUAAAUAUGAAUUUUCCUAUUUUUUGUGUGAGGACUAAGUGUGAAUAGUUCUCUAUUACUCAAGAGGAUUAAACAGUUUUUGAUCGUAUUUUUAUUACACAUAAUGUUAAAUGUACCUUUAGUGAUUUAUCAGUCAUCGUUUGGGAGGACCCAUUGUGCUGAUAAGUUUGUAUUUUGCUUGGAAAGUAGAAGCUAGCAGGCUAGGCUAGAUAGCUAGUUAGCCCUUCUUGCUUACGUUAGCUCUGACUGUUACCUUUACCUGUCUCACACUCAGUGCUGUGUUCAUCCAGAAAGGGUAAGAUAGCAUUAGCCAUCCCUCGUUAACGGGUCCAGUUGUGCUGACGAUCUAUAACCGUGAUCUAUACAGCUUACAACGUUGCUAAUCCCAACGUCAAAAUAAAAUUCACACCAGCUGGAAAACACUCACGUAGGAGGCGCUGUCACAAAAAAUAUUGAAAAAUAUUAACUUAACUUAAUUUAUGUUAAGUUAAACUUUGCCUGCUUUCCUACAACAAGUAACUGAGUAAGUUAACACUAAAUUGACUUUUUUAAGUUAGUAAAUUAUUUGUUCAGCCACUUAAGUACAACCUCACUUGGUUUUGGUCCCGAUUUAUUGUGUUCAUUGUCUCAGCAAUUCUUUGCUUUAAGAUUCCAGAAAAGAAAGGAUCAGGAGUUAAGUGUUUACGUUCAAUGUGGGGAUUAAAACCUCACACAAAGGUAUGUUAAAAUGUGCAGUGUAAGUUAAAACAGUACAAAUAUAAAAUCCACAUGAUUUCUGCCCAGUCUAAACCAGUCUAACCCUGUUUAGCCCAGUGUUUAAACCAGGCUAACCUCCAGGCUUGCUCUAAUUAGCCUCGUAGUGCAAACCAGGCCGGCCUUCACUGUGCCAAAGUUCAUCAACCACAACUCUUGUUUGGACGUUUAAUGUAUUGAAAAGUCUGCUAGGUUAUUUUCAGUGGUAGAAAAGUGCUUUGAGACGUGUGAAGUUGUGCAGUAGAAGAAGAAACAGUAAUGUGUGUUUGUUAUAUUAGGAAACUAAACAGACUUCACCGGGUGACACCUGCAGAGAAACACUCAGCUCAGAUCAGGUGAAAAACAAUAACUUUACAUUUGAACUUGCUAAAAAACAGAGGGAACGACAUUAACAUCACCUUAUACUGUAGAUCUUUGUCUAACUGACGCCCAGGUGUGUAAACUGUAUUUGUAUGAUUUUUAGAAUGCAUUACAUUCAUAAUCUACAGCAUAAUAUAUAAAACACCACGUUCACUAUCACCACAAAUCACCAAUCUGUUUAAUAAAGCAAAGAUUUAAAGGGCGUCAUCUGGAGACGUAAACAAAGAAGAAAACGUCGUCUGACUUUUGUUAAUGAAUGAAUUACAUGAAGUAAAACAAUUAAAAGUAAUGUUGGCUGCUUUAAUUACAAUCCCACUCUUCAUUUUAUAGCUCGAGCCUAAAUUUACCAAACAUAUCUGACCCCAUUGCACGCUACAGAAAAGUUAUGCUAACGUUACUAUUUUAAGCAACCUAGCAGUAACUAGUGUUGCUCAUGUAGAAACUACAGUUUGUUCUGAUGUUGUUGAAAUAAUUUCCAACACACUCCAUGUGCAUUGGUAAUGAUCCAUCCCCUAGCUAGGAACUAGCUAAGGUUAGUGUUCUUACCUGCUGUUAAUAUGCUGGGUUAGCUAAUAGCUGGCUUAAUUGGAGGAGCAUUGUUCUACUUGAAAAAUUAUUUGUGCUGCAGCCAUUGAAAUACAAAGGACAUGACUCAUGAAUCCCAAGUUGAUCCAUUUAAGUUUAAUUACAAUUUAGUUACAAUUUUAUAUUCUGGCUUAGUUUUUUUUAGCUUGUUAGCUCAAUGGCUAAUAAACAGGCUGGAAAGUGUUAGCUUGUGCGUGGAAAGUAAAAGAGUUUAAGGAGCUUCGUCUUGCUUAGUUACAGCUAUUUAGUUUUUCACUUGACAUAUGAAGGUGGUGUAAAUCUCCACACUGCCCAGAUGUAAUUCUGUUGGAUAAAAUAAAAAUGAUCUUGAUUAAAUUUUAAAUUAAUUUAAUAUUACAAGAGUCAAAUUUAAAGAUAAUUAAUAUGGAAAAUAUUAGAAACCCAAUCAUAGGUAAGAAAAUCAUAUCUAAUGGAGCCACCGGUUGCCCUGUUCUGUUUUCCCAUUUUAAUCUUUUCUUUAAACAAUCUGCUCAGUCUGGCAGGCUGGCUCUAAAUACUACUAUACCCAUGAUCCUCUGCAGCCAUUGCCAGAGGUGUGAAUCAGAGAUGUGACGUUAGUGAAGUCAGAACGCUUUAUCCUGAAAUUUGUGAACAAAAGGUGAUUCCAAAAUUCAAAAAUAAAUAAUUUUUUUUAUUUACACUGCAGGUUGUUAUGUAUGCACUGUGACGGACUUACAGAUACCAUAAAAGUUUUAAAAUCAACACUGCCUGUGUGAACGAUUAAUUAAAAACACUUUGAUUGAUUUUCACUAUACCAAAAACAAUGAAUGUGCGAGAUCAUUCUGGCGAUAUUCAAAUCCCGUGUUCAGACUCAGACCAGCAGUGAAAGUAUACUAAGAAAGCCCGUUCUCAUUACCAGGUUCACGUCCUUCAGCAUCUGGUACCGACGCACAUGGCAGCGUUUAGCCUCAUAGUUCAACACUAAAAGAAAGCCUAGUAUAAAUAACACGUAUGUCUGAGUAAGGAGGAGGUUGGGGCGGACGGGCGGCGCCGAAACCGGACUUUCACCGAGGAGCCGGUGUUCGUUUCCCGUGUAAAACAAAAAGUCAACAUUGAUUGUUAAGUCACGUAAGUAAUGUAGUUAUUGUAACCCAAAACCAUGAAGUGGUCACAUACAGACCAAGCGGAAGCUUCCAGUCAGCGAUCUGAUGCAAACGCGGAAGUCCCUUAAACCUGCAUU